AAAGGGGUUUCCACUCCAGUUUGACUCGCUAGCUAGCUAGAUCUAGCUAGCUCAACUUUAGAGACGGAAAGUGUCUAUACUAGACCUAUAAGCUUAGACACUGAGUCUCAUAUAUACAAUGUCUUAGCUAGAGAAAGUUGUAUUCAAGAAAACAAAGAAACAAUGUCAAUUCAUAAAUUCAGCUCCACAAAUCAUGUCUCCACUGCGAGAAAGCAACCUCCUAUGAGCGAACAAUCCUCCUUCCCAAUACAUACCCCGCCGUAUUCGGACUCAGAGACUGGUGCUGUUCAAAGAAAAGGCUCCCUACCUCUACUGCCAGCAGUCAGUGACUAUGUGCCCCCACACUACUCUGCACAAGAUAUACCACCACCUUCAAGCCCUGGAAAACUAGUGCAAAAGUACAUGGAACAUAUGGAUGUGUAUCCUACUCACACUAGCCAGAGAAAGCAUCGAGGCAGUCUCAGUCAGUCGACGUCAGAACAUCAAGGUUCGGCCAAUUUCGUUCAGUUGUCGAAAGCUACUGCAUUGGUUGCCCCGUAUGUUGGAGACAGUACUUACAAGCUGCCUGUUUCUCAUUUUGACGAUCUGGAAGGUUCUACAACUCUCAGAGUGAAACCGAAAAUGGUGUACAUGUAUGAAUCCCCACAAGUUGCUGUUAGUGAACAUUCAAGUGAUAAGUGGAGGACUUUGGUUGAGACAAAAGAUAAUCUGUUAGCGCAAAAGAAUCAUCUGAUUGACAGACAGAAGCUCACCAUCAGUCACCUCCAAGCCCAGCUGCACGAAAGUGAAGCCCGGAGCAGUCUACAACUGGCCAGCACCAUGCGAACUAGCACAGAGGGGUCUCUCAAUGCUAGACUCAGGGAACUGGAGUGCAAGAAUGCAGCCUUACAAGCUGAGCUAGCUGCACUGCAGUCUGUGAACAGGAAAGAAACUGAACAACUCUCCAACAAACUCGAUUCUAUCGAAUAUGAAUCACAUAUGAAAUCUCAGGACUUCUCAAAGAAACAAGAGGAACUACAGACAGAGAACGAGCAGCUACACAAACAGCUGGCUGAUAAGACCACGUCAUUGACAGACUUGGAGCACAAGUUACAAGUUGCCCAGGGCAAGAGCAAAGAGCUGAGUCAGCACAUUUUCAAGCUGAACGGAUACUUUGAGAACAUGCCUACCAUGGAGGAGUACCUUGCACUCAAGGAGCACACCCAGCACCAGGACACGCUGUGUUCGUCCCUCACCGGUCAACUGGCAGUCAAAGAGGACCAACUCCACACUGCACGGGGCAAACUCACAGAGCAGGAGUCCUGUCAUGCUGAGCUGGAGCUAAGGUGCAGUGAGCUAAGGCAGCAAUUGGACAAUGCAAGGGGCAGUGGUGCUGAGACGAGUCAGUUACUGGAAGAGAACAAGAGAGCAAGGGCAGAGUGCACCCGAUUACAGAAGCUUCUGUUUGAAGCUGAAAAACACUGUCAGAGAGAGCUGGAGGCCAUGAGACAACGUCACAAGGCUCGGUUCCAGGAGGCCACUGCAGACCUGAGGGUCAAACACAAGGCUGUUGUCAAGAGAAUGAAGGCCCUGGAGACACAGUUGCUCAGAAACUCGGAUGCUAUGCUGGCUGUAAACGAGGAGCUGCAACUGAACCAGGGGACAGUCAGUGAACUGAAGUCAUCUAUGAGAGAGGUGCUAACUCAAAAUCAGCAGCUGGUGGAGAAGAAUGUCACACUGCAAGAGAAAGAGGCAAUUGAUAGUCAGUCAAUCAAAGCUCAACAGGUUGCCAUAGAAUUGACUCAGUGUUUGAAAGACUUCAAAUCUCUCAUUGAUCUGUCUUCAUCGCUAAUGGAAGACAAGUUCAGUUCUUCACACCUCUUUGGGCAAACAGAUUCCAGAGACGAUGGCAUGGCCCUGGCUAGUGAGACUGACCUCGCCUUCACCGAGGGUUACGAUGCUCUGUUAGAACACGGCAGACGAUUGAAGAGAGAUAUUGAGACUCUUAGGGAGUUUGUGUCGGAACAGUUAGCAAUUCAAGUCAGCACUGCUUGUCAUAUUCAGUGAUGUUUCAUUUUAUCCUGUUUGUUCUUUAAUCAUCAUUUCUUUUUGUCAUUUUUAGCAUUUCCUCUGCAUUUGAAACAGAAUAUUAUGCUUGCUCAUGA